UUAGUAUUAAGUCCUCCGAGUGACGAGUGACAUAUGUUAUGGCAUCAACAAUGAUAAGAACUUCCGCAAGUUUACGCACGUUGAAUUUGACUCGUGUUUUCUGUACCACUGCCUGUGCACGUGCACCAACGAUGUGGAGUAUCACCAAAAACCAAGCCUCCGUCACAUUUACGUGGCUUUUUGGUAAACUUGGCCGCUUUUCAGUGAUGAGAAGACCAUCAAAACCGCCCCAUGACUUUGUGGUACCUGUAGGUAAUCCAAUUUUGCGUGGGCAGGCCUUAGCCGUUGAUAACAGGAAUAUCAAAAGUAAAGAAACGCAGGAAGUGCUGGACCAGUUAGUCAAGGUGAUGAGAAAAAAAGGAGCCGUUGGACUGAGUGCGCCACAGGUAGGCGUUGGACUACAGAUAAUAGCAGUGGAGUGCACCAGGAAACAGUUGGACCUCGUGCCUCAGGAAAUCAGGAAAAUUCGAGAAAUGCAAGAGUUCCCACUGAAGAUCUUCAUAAACCCCAAACUGAAGGUGACCGACUACUCAACUGUAGUGUUCCCAGAGGGUUGUGAAAGUCUGCCAGGAUAUCAGGCCAAUGUGCCCAGGUACUACGGUGUAACUAUCACAGGCCUUGACCGAGAGGGGAAGCCUGUUGCAUGGCAAGUGACAGGCUGGCCAGCCCGAAUUCUGCAACACGAAGUAGAGCAUCUACGGGGAGACCUGUAUAUCGACAUCAUGGACUCGAGGACAUUCAUUGACAGUAGUUGGGAAAGGAAAAAUUUUUGAUUCUGGGGCAAAAGUUGUCAAGAGUUUGGGCAUUUAAUUCAAUUUAAAAGCAGAUGCAAGGCUAGAUCUUCUAUUUAAAAUGUUUUCUUUGUAAAGCUGAUUCUCUGAUUGGCUGACAGCUGGCUAGGGGGCACACCCCCAGAAGAUAUACAAAGUUGUUCUGGCAAUGAGUUGAGUGCAUAUAUGAAUAAAAUCUUUGCUCAAUGUCA